AUGUUCUUCUUCUUUGUAUGCGGUGAGCACACUUUCCGCAGUGAUGUGGAAGGCUUCGAAGGUCUUACAGUGCAAUGCUUCCACUGUGGAAACAUGGCCGCACAUGUUGUAAAGAGUCGUCCCUUCUUUACUGUUUGCUGGAUUCCCCUAAUUCCUCAUACCAUUUCUGGUUAUAAGGACGUUGCUUGUAACAUUUGCAACUUCCAUCAACCGCUUGAAAGUCGCCAGGAUGUCUUAGCCAUGGCCAACGGCGGCAACGGUCAAAUGCAAAAUCAAGGGUAUCAAAUGCAGCCUCCGCCCCAAGGAGGCCCCCAAGGUCCGCCCAAUGGACAAAAGCCGAACUACGGUUAA